UUUGGUAGUUUCAUCCCAUCUCUUCCAAAUCUCCUACAUAAUUUCUGUCUCUACUUACGAUCACUUUUCACUUCCCUCCCCCACCACCUCCCUCAUCGUUGCUUCUUUUGCAUUAUUAAAACUUCCUCACUUUUCAGUUUCUUUCAUUUUUCCUCAACAAAAUUCUCUCUCAACUCUCAUUUUCCUCCACCAAUCUCUUCUUUCACGCAUUCCGGUUUGUUGAUUUCUUUAAUCUCCACUUCUUCAGGCCUUCCGUAACGAAUGUCGCCCCCAAUCCUCUCCUUAGCUCUCCCGUCCCCCACUGGUCGAGUUCUCAGUAUUCAGUCCCACACUGUUCAGGGAUACGUUGGGAAUAAAUCAGCUGUUUUCCCUCUCCAACUAUUGGGCUAUGAUGUAGAUCCAAUAAAUUCCGUGCAGUUCUCAAACCACACAGGGUAUCCGACUUUUAAGGGCCAAGUUUUGAAUGGAAGACAAUUAUGGGACUUAAUUGAAGGCCUUGAAGAAAAUGAAUUGUUGUACUAUACUCAUUUGUUAACAGGAUAUAUUGGUUCUGUUUCUUUCCUCAACACAGUGUUGGAAGUUGUCGAUAAGCUUCGCUUGGUGAACCCUAAGCUAACAUAUGUAUGUGAUCCAGUGAUGGGCGAUGAAGGGAAGCUUUAUGUUCCUGAAGAACUAGUAUCUGUAUACCGAGAGAAGGUAAUACCGGUGGCUUCAGUGUUGACUCCUAAUCAAUUUGAAGCUGAACAACUGACUGGGUUAAGGAUCCAAUCUGAAGGAGAUGGUAGGGAAGCUUGUAACAUUCUUCAUGCUGCAGGACCUUCAAAGGUUGUGAUUACGAGUAUAAAUAUGAACGGUGAACUCCUUCUCAUUGGCAGUCAUCAGAAGAAUGAGGGCCAGGCUCCUGAACAAUUUAAGAUCAUGAUUCCCAAGAUUCCAGCAUAUUUCACGGGAACUGGAGAUCUUACGACCGCACUUAUUCUUGGUUGGAGCAAUAAAUAUCCUGAACGCCUUGAUUUGGCAGCAGAGCUUGCAGUAUCAAGCUUGCAGGCAGUUCUACACCGAACAAUGAAUGAUUACAAAAGUGCAGGACAUGAUCCUCAAUCCAGUAGUUUGGAGAUUCGAUUGAUUCAAAGCCAAGAUGAGAUUCGUAACCCAAAAGUUGAAUUCAAAGCCCAAAGAUACGAUUGAAUUUGAUGUUUCUUUUGCAAUACCUUUCUAUAGGUAUAUUUGAUUCAAAUGACUUUAAAUUUCCUUAUUUCAGUUUGUUGGCCCACAAAAGUAAUAAUUUCAGCAUUAAUUCUGCUCAAAACCUGACUUAAAAGACCCCUUGGGGAUUAAGGUUGAAAAUUAUACAUUUUUAGGUUUAUAGAUAUUACCAUGUAUGACACAUUCACAAUAAUAUCUUUUGAUUGUUUAUAUAUAUAAUUUUAGUCCUCUUUUUAGUUUUAA